UGUGGCUGUCAGCUGUUUUUGCAGAUUUUUUCAUGACUACCUACCCAGUUUUAAUUAUUUGCUAUCCAUUUAUCCAAAAUGAAUACAAUAGUCAGUGAAUUGAGUAUGAACGAUUUGAACAGUAAAUUUUUCGAUAUAAUCCAAAACGAAAGCACCGCUGAGGAUGCUGCCAACUUUAUAUUCGACAGUGUUUGUGAGGAUGUGACUUUGGGCGUACUUUUCGAGGUCCAUCACGGGAUAAAAACAGGUCUUACGGAGCUUUUAGAAGGGGAAAAAGAGGAUGAGGAGCCUUACAAGAUUGUGAAUUCCCCGGAGUGCGAUGUGUUUGGGUUUUCUAUACUGAAAAAAACGCCUGACGCCAACUGUUCCUGUCCAAAUUGCGAUAGGCCCGUAUCGGCAACUAGGUUUGCACCUCAUCUUGAAAAAUGCAUGGGUAUGGGCCGCAACAGCUCUCGCAUAGCAUCCCGCCGGAUCGCAUCCAACAGCCGAGAGCCCACAUCCUACGCAGGGCUCCCAAGUGACGAUGAAGAUGACGUCGACUGGUCCGGAACUCUGCACAGCGAGAGGCGCAAGCGCAGGAUGAAGAACAACAAAAGGAACAGCAAAAUACACAACGGCAUUAGGAGUAACAACGGCAACCAUAACCCGGACUCCAACGACGGCGCAACCUACGAGACUAUGUCGGCCAAUGAGAAGAAGAACCUCCUAUUGCAGAUAUGCGGGGUUGUCUCGGAACAUACCAAGAAAUUGUGUACGCGAUCAACCCGCUGUCCCCAACAUACAGAGGAGCAACGUCGCGCAUUGAGGAACAGCGUUCUGGAGCCAUCCACACCAGAGUCCCAGUCCAUGGGCCUCACCGCAGAAGACGCGGGCUCUCCUCCAGACUCCAGCCCAUCGUCAUCAUGUUCCUCGUCCAGUCGGAAACGCGACAGGCACCGCGCUGUGCCCAAAAUGAAGAACAAACGGGAGAAACUGUCCCCCCUUAAUGGGAGGGAUUGAGCAUGUAUUUUAACGUUUAAAUCUAUAUUUUAUAAACUAGCUGACACCGCGCGGUUUCACCCGCGUGGUUCCUGUUCCCGUAGGAAUACGGGGAUAAUAUAUAGCUUAUAGCCUUCCUCGAUAAAUGGGCUAUCUAACACUGAAAUAAUUUUUCAAAUCGGACCAGUAGUUUCUGAGAUUAGCGCGUUCAAUCAAACAAACAAACUCUUCAGCUUUAUAAUAUUAGUAUAGAUGUAUUUUAGCUUGGCUUAAUAUUCUGUGUUAAAAUACUAGCGGACUCGGUCAAGCUUCGCUUUGACUUUGUGCAUAACUUUUUCCCUACACUACCUCCUAUCCUAUCUUUCAAGUUGGAUAAAACUGCACAUUGUGUGCAAACUUCAUUUAAAUUGGUUAAAUAGUUUAGGAGUCCAUCGCGGACAAACAACGUGACACGUAAUUUAUAUAAUUAUGUAUAUUAAAGACGUUUCUGUGUGUCCUCUAUUCUACCAUUAUACAGGUUGCUCGGGAGUAUCUUUUCCCAUAACUCUAGGGUUAUAUUCUUUAAGGAAAAUUAAUUCUAAAU